AUGAAAGCCCCAGCGUUCAAACCUUUAUGCGACGUUAUUCGGAUCAAAAAAAGGGAAGAAGAUGCCGCUGCAGGAAGCGAACUAUACAAGGCCUUUUUAAAUGCCGGGAAGAAGAACGAAGAGGAAUUGCGAAACAAAAGUGUAAAAAUAGUGAUUUAUGAACAUGUGAAGUAUGAAGAAGAGAAGCGGGUUGGCAGCAGCACUUCGGGGAGCGACUCGGAUGGCGACUCGGAUUUCCGCCACGGUUGUACCUCCCCACAGGGGAAAAACAAAAUCGACAAGAAAGGAAGGAAAAAAAAAGACACCCAAGGGGAAGAACAUAGAGAGGCAGCCAAAACAGAGUCAACAGAUGCCUACCAGGUUGGAAAUGGAAGGAAAAAGGGAGCCAAGGAUAAAGGGGACCCCAAAGAAACCGCAAAAGAGACAACAAAAGCGAAAGCUCAAGGGAAGGAAAAGACAAAUGGAGAGGGAGAACCAACUACAUGCGGGGUGGAAGUAAAAAGGGGUGCUCCAAACGGGGCGAAGAAAAAGAGGGAAGACCUACAAUACGCAGAGAAGAAGGAAGAUAGUCACAAGUUUGGGGAAAAGGGUAAGCCAGGUGAGAAAAACGAUGGAGCAUCCACCCAAGGGGAAGACACCCCAAAUGGAAGCACCACUUUGACCGUCCACACACAACAAAGCGACGUGGUGAAAGAAAGAAAAUCAUCCAAAGUACUAGGGACAGUGAAAAUCCUGUAUAAUUUUUAUGUAAAUCUAUUUGAUAAGCUAAAGGAAGACGUAGAGAACAUUCAAAGCGGAGCUGCCAACAACAACGUCGAUCUGUUUCGAGAUGUGAACCUCUACACGAACUGCAUCUCCAUGUUUGAUAUAAUCAACCUUUGUGAGGAUCUGAAAAUAAUAAAGACUUUUCUGAACUCAAAAAAGGAGUGCGAACUGAUAUGGAUACUGACGGUGAAUUAUCUGGACAAGGUUGACGUGAACCUUUUUGAGCGGUACAAGCAUAAGAUUGACGUGACGUAUGGGAAGGACGUCCCGGGGAGGGUCAAGGGGGAUGGGAACCCGGUGCAGACGCUGGAGGAGAGAUCAAAAGAGGGGUUGGUGCAGACAUCGGAGGAGAUAUCAACGGAGGAGACACACGCGCCAGGUGAGACCGCCCCACUGAAAAUGGCCGGACGGGGCAAAGAAAGCGGAAAGGUGAAGAACAACAAAAGCGGGGCUUACACGGAGGAGGGAAGCAAAGAAAAAAAGGGAAAGACCCAAAAGGGGGACAUCGCCCCCAUUGGGGGGGAGGAAACCAACAUAGGAGCUGCUAAUACAUCAGAAAGAGCAGGAAACCCCCCGCGAGUAGGCCAAGAAGUGCAUAACUUAAAAGAGUACCUCUAUGCAAAGUGUCACGAAAGAAAGAAUGCCAUCAUGUUCAGAAGGGUAAACUUCUUUGUCUUCCUGUACGUACUGAUAUAUAUAAUCAAAACGAGCUCUCGGAAAAUCAAAUCGCUCCCAGACGACAUAAAGAAAGUGAGGAGUUUCUUCUUUUUUCUCAACUUGUAUGAAAAGAAAAAAACAAUCGAAACGUUGAAGAAUAUAUACAAGGAUAAGUACUUAACAUUUUUCCAGAAUUUUAAGAGCAGCAAAGAAAUUGAGGAAUACAGAAGGAGGAAGAUUUUUUGCCACAAAUUUUCCUUCUGCAAUGUUAGCAAAAUUUUAAAUCAAAAAGGGGAUGACUUGGUCAGGCUAAAGGAGGCGAGCACACGGGGGGAGAAGAAGCAGACCGGGGGGGACCAUUCACUUGGGGAAGAGAAGCAAAUCGAAAGAGACCAUCCACUUGGGGAUGAGAAGCAUACGGGAGAGCAUAACGAAGAGGCGGGAAGCUACCACCUGACCAAUUUUGUCAACACAGCCGAGCUAGACAGCGACUUCAACUCAACGAGCAACCCGCACGAUGAGAGCAGAAAAGAAUCCCCUCCCCUUCUCAGCCCAUACCUACUGGAUUAUAUAUUUAAAAAUUACUGCUAUAAGAAGAAGCACUGGAAAGUUAAGGAAAGCGCGUGGAUCAACUUCGGAGUCGUUAGAAAGGAAGAAAAGAAGAAAUACAAAAUGGAUAUUUAUAAUCACACAAAGUUUAACAUAAGUGUGGAUGUCGUUAUCGAUGGUGACCUUCCCAUCGUGGCCAUUUUUAAGGAUAAAUUAUUUUGCGUCAGCUCCAAGUAUUCUAUAUACCUCCAAGUUGACCACAGCAAAGAGGGCGAGUGGUUCGGGUUUGUGAACAUCUCAUUGAGGUACAAGAAUGCCACUAAGGGCGAUGACGCUGUGCGGAUCCCUGUCUACAUGCAUAUCUGUCCGUAG